UCUUCUCUCCCCCUGGCGAUCCCUCCCUAUCCAACCCUAGCCACCCUGCCGAUCUCCUUCCUCCUUCACGCGCGACCAGGGAAGCCCCGACAUGGCGCAGCACCCGGAGGUCGCUGGCGUGUUCCAUGCCCGGCCGUCCGAGCUCGCCAUCAUCAUCCAAGCUCGUGUGCAUGUGCCUACCCAUUCUCCUCCCGCACCUCACCCUCCAUGCCUCAUCCUGCUACACUUGGGUGACACACCAGCCCUCUUCCCCGCACCCGGGGCCACUCACACCUUCCCCUCCAUCGCCUCCUCACACCGGCCGCCGGAUCUGGCCGUCACCAUCACCACCGUGCAGAACGGGCUGUCACCACCUCCCCCUGGACAAAUUGCGAGAAAGAGCAGCAUGAAUUUUAGGUCAAUACAUGUGGACGAAUUGAAGCAUGUUUUGUACUCUGAACUGAAGCAUGGGAAGAUGGGAUCCAAGCACGUCUUGUGGAUAUGGGAGGUCAGCCAAAUUAACUGUUACUAAUUGCUGUAGAUUUUUCAAGUUAUUGAUGCUCUAUGAUUUACCUUGUUAGCAAGGCUGGUAUGCACAUUGGGGACUCAUAUGGAGAAUUAGAGUGCGUCAACGUAAUGCGGUAGAAAGCGCUCUGGCUUUUACGAUGCCUGAUGAAGCGAUGAUUGUUGGGUGUUAGGUAGCAGCACAACUUCG